AUGGCGUCACACGCGGACAGUGCGCACGACCUGCUAGAUCUCGACAUCUCGACCUUGCGGCAAUUCGUCGAGCUCUUCCCCGAUGAGGGCCUGUCUAAAGUCAUCACUGGCUGGCUGAGCAGCGGCAUAUCAAAAUACCCGCUAACAGGAGAGGGCGACUCGAUAGAAGGACCUGACCUGAGUGAGGGAGGGGUAGCUCUUACUCAAGAUGUGCCCGUAUCACAAGAGGACUGCUUGGUGUUGAUGACGGAAGGGAUUGGCGAGGCUGCUAGGUCACCAUUGGCGCACUGCUUGCUCGGAGACUACUACCUGUCCUUGGAGGAGUACGAAAGCGCGGUCGAAACGACAAGAAAAGGAUUAAAGUACGCGGCUGCUGAGGCAAAAAGAACCGAUUUGUCAUUUCAAAGGACGCGCGACGCUUUGAGCAGUACACUUGCUACUGCGUUGGUCUAUUAUCAGGCCCCAAGGAACCACCUGGAGGCCAAAGGCAUCUUCGAGUCCAUCUUGAAGCGCAAACCACAAUUCACCUCUGCACUCAUCGGCAUCGGACUGGUCUUGGAAGAAGACGAGGAAUACGAGCAAGCUUUCCAAUUUCUUGAAAAGGCGUUGAAGCAAGAUCCUUCAAACGGCCGCAUAGGUGCAGAGUCAGCCUGGUGUCAAGCACUUGCAGGCGACUACAAGACUGGAUUAGAACGACUGCAAGGAUAUCUCGAAUACCCACAGCUCGAUGCCUCCGAGCAACGAGGCCGUGAGCUCCGCGCCCAGACGCUUUAUAGGAUAGGUGUCUGUUUAUGGGAGCUCGACCCGUCAAAGGCUGCGAGGAAGGACCGCCAAAAAACGUAUGCGAAGCUACUUGCAGCGAUCAAGGCAAACCCAAAUUAUGCUCCAGCAUACACUCUGCUCGGCAUCUUCUACCAGGAUUAUAACAAAGACCGCAAAAGAGCGCGACAGUGCUUUCAAAAGGCCUUCGAGCUAUCGCCCUCUGAAGUUGUUGCAGCCGAGCGCUUAGCACGCCUUUUUGCCAACCAAGGCGAGUGGGACAUUGUUGAGGUCGUUUCUCAGCGAGUUGUAGACUCUGGUAAAGCACGCCAGACCCCAGGCUCAAAACGAAAAGGUGUCAGCUGGCCCUUUUCCGCACUGGGUGUCGUGCAGAUGAAUAAACAGGAAUACCAAAAGAGUGUCGUAUCGUUCUUAUCCGCACUGCGCAUUAGCCCGGAUGACUACUACUCCUACGUCGGCCUCGGCGAGAGUUAUCACAACUCUGGACGAUACAACUCAGCAUCUCGCGCGUUCAAUUAUGCAGAAAAUCCCACAGAUGGUGUUGUGUUGAAGAGAUCAGAUGAAGAGGGAUGGUUUACCAAGUACAUGCUUGCCAAUGUCAACCGCGAGCUGAGUGAGUUCGACGAAGCUCUUGCAGGUUACGAAGCAGUACUAGCAUCUCGCCCGAAAGAGUUUGGCGUCUCAAUAGCACUCCUACAAACGCUUGUAGAAAAGGGUUGGCAUUGCGUUGAGACUGGCUUUUUCGGAGAGGCUGCCGACAGCGCUACCCGGGGUAUCGAGGUUGCGCUGACAAUAACCGAGUACAAACCGGAUGCUUUUAACCUUUGGAAGGCUGUUGGCGAUGCAUGCAGUCUGUUCACUUGGGUCCAGGAAAAGCUCAAGCAAUUCCCUGUAGAGUUGAUCGAGAAGGUGCUGCGCAGCAAGUCGGAUAUGAAGAUCGACUUCGACGAGCACAAGGAUAUCGAUGGACUCGGACAGGAUGCUUUGACUGCACUUUGUACAGACGAACACAGUACUCUCGCAAAAGUGCUCAAAGCCUCGAUACUUGCACAAAAGCGAGCAAUAUCCAGCUGUGCGCACGACAUACACGCACAAGCUGUGGCGUGGUACAACCUAGGUUGGACUGAGUACAGAGCGCAUGUCUGCCUAGAGCAGGAAGGCACUGAAGGCUUCAAAUUAACAACAUACCUCCGAGCAGCUAUGAAGUGUUUCAAACGCGCUAUCGAACUUGAAGCUGGGAAUUCAGAGUUCUGGAACUCGCUUGGUGUCAUUACAACAACGCUGAGCCCCAAGGUCGCUCAACAUGCUUUUGUUCGUUCCUUGCAUCUCAACGAGCGCAGUGUGCACACCUGGACGAAUCUUGGAGCGCUUUACCUUUUACAGAAUGAUCACGAGCUUGCACACACCGCCUUCUCACGAGCGCAAUCACAAGAUCCUGACUACUCGUUGGCUUGGGUAGGCGAAGGAAUCAUCGCAUUGCUUACCGGAGAUUCCAACGAGGCGCUCUCCCACUUUACCCACGCGUUCGAGCUCUCGGAAUCAUCAUUGCUCUUAACGAAACGACAGUAUGCCGUCUCAGCUUUCGACUUCCUAGUGUCUUCGCCGUCGUCAUCCAGCAACAUCACGAACCUCAUACAACCUCUAUUCGCGCUCCAACAGCUCAACAUGCAAGUACCUUACGAUAUCCCACAUAAGCACCUAGCUGCACUGUUCCUAGAACGUGUCGGCAAUUACGAUGCAGCAGUGGCUGCUCUGCAGACUGUAAACGAGACCGUCGAGCAAGAGUAUGAGAAGUCAGAAUCGCUGACAUCACUGGCUCGUGUUGCACAAGCCAAGACGGACCUGUCUCGUAAUCUCCUCGCUGUCGGGUCUUAUGAUUCAGCCGUGGAAGAAGCUGAGACAGUAUUAGACCUGCUAUCGGAGCUAGAAAGCGACGCGGAACAGUCUGCGUUGUCCAAGGAGCAGAUCACAAAGACCAAGCUAUCAGCUCGUCUUACAGCUGGUCUAGCACACUACUUCAGCGGCUCCUUCGAUGCCGCCAUACCCUAUUUCCGAACGUCGCUUGAGGCAACCGGAGCCAACCCAGACAUCAUUUGCAUCCUCGCUGAAGUACUCUGGGCCAAGGGAGGAGAGACCGAGAAGCAAGUGGCUCGCGACCAACUAUUUACCGCGAUAGAAAAGCAUGAAGGUCAUGUGGGCUUGUUGACACUUAUUGGUGCCAUGACAGUGCUUGAUGAUGAUUUGGAAACCAUGGAAGCCAUCAAGGACGAUCUGGACCGACUGCGCACGAACAAGGAGCUCAGUGACGAGCAGCUUGCCCGGGUGGAGAAGGUUGCUGAAGCCAUCUCGGUUAGUUUGGGUGGCGAGGAACAAGAACUGGAUGAAGCUCGACGUAGUGUCAUGCUUGCGCCUUGGAAACAUACCGGUUGGGCUGAGCUCGCUGACGCUGCUGGAGGCGAUGUUUUUGCCAGUACACUUGCCAAAGAAACUGCGAUGCGAAACGCGCCACCGAAUGGUACGCUGAGUGCUGUUGGUUUGGCAGGCGCCAUGGGCAGUACUGGUAAUGUAGGAGAUGCUCAAAGGGCAAUUGUGUUAGCCCCUUGGUGCAGUGAUGGCUGGAGUGCCUUGGCCGAGUGUGUUCAAAGUGCUUGA